AUGGCCAAAUUAAACCCAACGGAGAUAGAGAAACAGACCCAGAAGUGGAAAACAACUUUGAUAGGCUAUGUUCUAGGGGGAAAUCCGUCAUUCAAGGAGAUGCUCAAAUUUGUCUAUGGCGUAUGGAAUACAGUCACAACUCCAACAGUGUUGCUGCAUGAUGACGGGUAUUUCAUCUUUAAAUUUGAAUAUCUGGAAGACAAAAACCUUAUAAUGCAAAAUGGCCCAUACACAUUCAACAGUAGGCCUAUGGUGUUAAAGGAUUGGGAUCCAAAUUUUCAGAUGAAGGAUGAAUCUAUGAGGAUUGUUCCAAUUUGGAUCAAUCUGCCUGGAUUACCAAUACAGUGCUGGGCUGAGGAAAACCUAGGUAGGAUUGCUAGCCUACUAGGCAAACCUAUUUGCACUGAUAGACUGACAGCAGAAUGUGAAAGGGUGUCCUAUGCUAGAGUGCUCGUUGAUAUGGACAUUACACAACCAUUGCCUAAUGAGAUUUGUAUUGAGACACCAGAUAGAAGCUGGAUGCAAAGUGUUGAAUAUGAGUGGAAACCAAGUUUCUGCUUAGAUUGCAACAAAUUUGGGCAUGACACUGGAGAAUGUCAACAAGCGCAGCAAGAAGAGGAACAAAUGAAGCAUAAAAGGAAAAGAAAGAACAGAGUUAGAAAGGAAUGGAAACCUAAAGCAGCAACACAGGAAAUCACCAGCACAACAAAUCUGCAACAAGACAAUCAUACAGGAGAACCAACUGUGGAGAUUCAGGUGGAGAGCAGGUUGUAG